CACACCCUUUCAUGUCCUAUUGUCCCGACAGGACUUAUAUCCAGAGCUGACCUCUUCAGGUCCACAUCUGCUCUCAGUGAGGUUGUGAUCACACUACUCUGUGUGUGAAGACCUGACUCCUCUUGAUUCUUCAAGAAACAAGAUGCAGAACAGGAGUGAGAAGUUUGGAGCUCAGCUGCCUCUCUUUGUUCCAGCCAGCAGCUCUCAGCGAGGUGUGUUCAGUAAGAGUACCACCUACCUGGCUAAGAUCGCUGUCGUCCUCCAAAACGCUCCAGGCAAGAUGCUCACUUUUAUUCAGAUGAUGGACAGACUGGCACCAUUCAUUCCUGAAGACAGAAAAUCUGUUGAGAACAACAUCAGAGUUUGUUUAUCAACCAACAAAUGUUUUGUCAAGACUCCAGUGGUCCCAGAUUCUCUGCACAGUAAGAGAAACUACUGGAAACUGGAUCCCAGUCAGAUCACAGCAAAGAUGGUGCGUCGUCACUUCAAAGGAAUCCUGCAGCUCUUCCCUGAGUUGGCCUGCAAAGUGGAAACGGAGAACGUGAGCAGACCACCCCAGCACUGCUCAGCUCUCCACUCUCCUGAACCUGCAGCCUGCACAGCUGUUCAGAUCAGAUGUGAGGUGAAGUUCAGCAGUCCUUUCUCCAUUGAAUCCCUCCUGAAGAGAGACAGUCCCUCUGCUCGGGCCUCCAGAGCGUCUCCUCUAUCCAGUGUGCGGGUCAGAGUGGAGCAGCAGCCUCGGUCCACACACAGACGAGUUGGGACAAAGAGGAGCUUCAGCUGGGACUCUGAGGAGCUUCUCCUCCUUCAAGCUUCAGCUGGAAGUUCCCCCAUCUGCUCAACAGGGGGCAGCACACACCAUGGACUCACUGCUAAUGCAGCUGCUCAGCCCAUCAGGAUGGAUGUGUGCUCAGAUCCCUCAUUCCCUGUCUACCCAAGAGCCAGUGCUGCUCCUUAUUUCACCAGCCCACACAGCAGUUACAUCACUUACCCUGUACCCGCAUUUACCCAUGAUGCUCUCCGUUUCUGGUUGUAAUGUGUUUUGUACCUGACAUACCAGCUUUCUGCA